AUGAAUGACAAAUCAAAUAUGCCGUCCGAUUCUCAUGGUCCAGACCAACGACUUGUCUCCCAUAAGCUAGGGGUGUGGCGUUUGGUCAUGCUCAAAGCCGACUCCUUUGAUAUCUUGAAGAAUGUACGGGAUGUAGCCACUGCUAUACCUGUCUUCUUCAGGAUGGCAUCCGAAAUUUAUGCUUUGGAUCCCUUUCUCACGACUCUUUACAUCGUGGCACAAUUCUCCGGCCUGAGCUCACUGCUGCAAGCCGAAUCUACCUUGAUGUUGUACUUGUCCAGCAAAUUGCUGACGAGUAUCGAGGCUGGAAUUACGCAAGGUUUCUCCAAUCGCGAAUCAAUCCUGACCAUCGUUAUCGCACAACUGGCUUGGAUUAUAGCUGCUGGCUCUCUAACUUGCAAUCAUUUUUAUCCCAAUUUUCGCCGCCGUGUGGCUGCUCAUUACAAAAUUAUUCGCAUGAAGGUCGAGCUCGAGAAAUACCGGUUUCUUGAUAGCACAGUCGUGGGCUCUCAAGGCAAUGACGAAAUCCAUGGCGCCUGGGACUCGUUUUCAGCAAUAAUAUCAUUUCUCUCCCAGAUAACAUCUAUGUGUGUUCAAGUCAUCCUCAUCGCUCAAACUGCGCGCGAAUUUGGUCAUCUUUCUUUCGCUAUCGUUCAGAGGUCCUCGCUGGAGGCCUUUCCCAUUAUCUCGUUAGAGGUGGUGUUUGAUCCUGUAUCUACCGUCCCGUAUCUGAUGGAAGAAAUUAUAGAAUAUGCUAAAUCCUCUGCGCGUGUCGGUAACAUUCCAACAUCAUUCCCUGAAGAGCAAUAUGGUCAACGUUCCACACCGUUCUCGGACAUUCUCUCCGACCUUCUAGGGAAAGCACCCAUGGCGAGUUAUACGGCCUUCAAUUGA